GGCUCAAAGUGCAGUUGUAAACAUGGCUGCUCCCUUGCGGUUCGAUGGUCGUGUUGUGCUUGUGACAGGCGCCGGGAAUGGACUGGGACGAGCCUACGCUUUAGCCUUCGGUGAACGAGGUGCCUCUGUGGUGGUCAACGACCUUGGCGGGGACAUACAUGGUGGUGGCAAAACAGCCCGGGCAGCUGAUGUCGUUGUUGAGGAAAUCAGGGCCAAGGGGGGCAAGGCCGUGGCUAACUAUGACUCAGUGGAAGAUGGAGACAAGCUGGUUCAGACAGCGCUGGAUAACUUCGGCAGGAUCGACGUCGUUGUGAACAAUGCUGGCAUCCUACGGGACAAAUCUUUUGCCAGGAUCAGUGAUCAAGACUGGGACAUCAUCCAUAGAGUGCAUCUCCGAGGGUCCUUCUUGGUGACACGAGCAGCGUGGCCGCACAUGAAGAAACAGAACUAUGGAAGAAUUAUCAUGACCACAUCAGCUGCUGGUAUCUAUGGCAACUUUGGCCAAGCCAACUAUAGUGCAGCUAAGCUUGGUCUUCUCGGUCUGAGCAACACCCUGUCUAUCGAGGGGCAGAAGAACAACAUUAGCAGCAACACCAUUGCCCCAAUCGCAGGCUCCCGCCUCACGGAGACCGUCAUGCCGCCAGAGUGGAUCAAGGCCCUCAAGCCGGAGUAUGUAAUGCCUCUAGUCUUGUUUCUGUGUCACGAGAGCUGUCCGGAGACCGGGUCACUGUUUGAAGUCGGAGCUGGAUGGAUGGCAAAAUUGAGAUGGGAGAGAACUCUUGGAGCCACGGUCCGGAGAAAGAACAUAGCAAUGACACCCGAAGAUGUGAGAGACAACUGGGAAAAAAUAACAGACUUCACUCAGUCCAGCCACCCUGCUUCUAAUCAAGAGUCGACAGCCAACAUGAUGAAGGUGAUACAAGACAUAGACUCAGCAGCUGAAGCACCGGUGGCCAGGCGGACACAAUCUGCAGGAAUGGAUCCUGAGUUGGCCAAGGCCCAUGACAUUCCACCCGAAUCCUUCACCUACACGGCACGAGAGGUUAUUCUGUAUGCUUUAGGAGUGGGGAUGUCCACCAAGGAAGACGAGUACCUGAAGUUCCUGUUUGAGGGGUCAGAAGCCUUCUGUACGUUGCCAACAUUUGCCGUGAUCCCUGCCCAGAUGGCCAUGCAGCAGGCGCUCAUGCAGGAGAUCCCUGGCCUCAAGCAGGACCUUGUCAGGGUGCUGCAUGGGGAGCAGUACAUGGAGGUGUACAAGCCCCUCCCUACCGACGCCACGCUCACCAGUAAACUCAAGAUAGCAGAUAUCCUGGACAAAGGCUCAGGAGCUGUGGUUCUGUAUAAUGUGGAGAGCUUCAAUGAGAAGGGUGAGAAGGUGGCAUUCAACCAGUUCUCCAUCUUCGUGGUGGGGUCGGGGAACUUUGGCGGCAAGAGGACAUCUGACGCUAUCAUCCCAACAGCAACAGUGCCUACACGUGCCCCUGACGCCAGCAUUACAGAGACAACUCACGUGGAUCAGGCUGCCCUCUACAGACUGAGUGGAGACCGGAACCCACUUCACAUUGACCCAAGCUUUGCUGCCAUGGCAGGCUUCGACACCCCAAUCAUCCACGGCUUGUGCAGCUUCGGUUACGCUGUGAGGCAUGUUCUACGUCGCUACGCCAACAACGAUGUCACCAGAUUCAAGGCUGUUAAAGUGAGGUUUGCGAAGCCCGUGCUGCCGGGACAGAGUAUUCAGACAGACAUGUGGAAGGAGGGCAACAGAAUCUACUUCCAGUGUAAGGUUGUGGAGACAGGUAAUACAGCUUUAUCUGGUGCAUACGUGGACUUGACAAGUAGCAGUGACAAGCCAGCCUCUGUCAAGGCUCCCAGCCGGCUGCAGAGUGACUCAGUGUUUGAGCUGAUGCAGGAACAGAUCAAGUCCCGCCCAGGUCUGGCCUCCAAGAUCAACGCCAUCCUUGUGUGGGUCAUUACCAAAGGAGGUAAACCUGUCUCAGAAUGGACUAUUGACAUGAAGACAUCAAAGAACGGUGAGGUGUACCGUGGCCAGCCCAAGUCUGGGAAGGCAGAAUGCACACUAACAGUUUCAGAUGAAAACAUCAUGGACCUAGUCACCGGGAAACUAGCACCACCACAGGCCUUCAUGGCGGGGAAGCUGAAGGUGAAGGGAAAUAUCAUGCUUGCCCAGAAGCUUGGGGUCCUCUUCAAUGAACAAGCCAAGUUGUAAGGAAGAUAGCAUCAAGAGAGUGGUACCCUUGCUUUUAGGAUGUUUAAAACGGUGAUUUUCUAACAACGUCCUCAUCAAGUAUAUAUAUGUAUAUGGAAAAUUAUCAAUACUAGCAAUGACGUCUUUAACGAUAUAGUUUAGUGUACAGUCAUUAUUGGAACAACUGGAGAUUUCAGUGUUUGCAAAAGGAAAAGGAUGAACAAUUAAACUCACAAAACAAUAAUGCAAUUUCAUCCCGAAAACAGAAGCUCAUGUAAUAUGUGAAUGAUUCAUGUGUCAGUUCACCAUCCUCACACUAUGAACAAUAUAUAGAGCUUCACAUACAUGUCUGUAUGUAAUACUAUGAAAUGUAUAACAAGAGUUUGGUGAGUUCUGCUUCUGCAAGAUUGUUUGUACAUUUAUCGGUAUACAAGAUCAGUUGUAUGGAAUCAUUAUCUGACAUUGGUAGCUUUUCAUAGAAAGACUGAUUGCAGAAGUUGAUAUAUAUGUAUAUGUGUGAAGAUGUGGGAUAUAUAUGUGACUACUGUUUUCGCCGUAUUAAAUGCCCUGCUCCAAAAAGCACCCCUGAUCAAUGUCUUCUCCAAUCUGAAAGUAAUCUUUAUGAGUGUUCCAUCAUAAGCCAGAAAUCUUUCAUGUCAAUCUGUAUUUAUCCUGUUUUUCUAUUAUAGAAAUGCUGCAGUGUUGAAGGGGUAUAUAAUUGCCUCAAUUAUUUUUGAAAAAGUUUUUGUUUCAUUAAUGUUGGAAUAAAAUCUGUUCUCUACCUCUUGAUCUAACAACAGACGUGACCUUGUAUGGUCAGGAUGUUUGUCACAAAUAUGGUAUAUAUAUAGGCUUUUAAUUAUUUCCCAUCAUGAAUUAUGAUGUUGCUCAUGUAUGAUAAUCAGUGAUGAUAAAUCAUAAUUUGUAGAUAAUGUCUAUUUAUCUUCUGCAUCAUUGUUUGUGAUAGUAUAUAUCACGUGUUAUCAUAACUGCAUGUUAUAAUAUCAUUGAUGAUAAGAGGGAUCAAGCCAAAUGUGGGACUGUGUUGUAAUUGAUACAAAUAUGUUUGUUUUUUUAUUCUUGACCAGUACACAUUUCCCAUAAUAAAACUUUUCUAUUUUCAAAAGUG